AUGAGAGACAUUCCGUGGAAGAGUCCUUUUGUGCAUCGAAUGGAGAUGGGAUACUGCACUGUACAUGAAGCCAUGUUCUUAGCAUACCGCACGUCAGGUCUCAAAGGGCGAUUGUGCUUGGGUAGAACGAAUUGA